AUGGCGGGGUUUAAGACUCGUUUGGCAUCAUUUGGAAUCAUCUGGCCUGAUAUGUGUGGUCAGUCUCCGGCAGAAUUGUUUCGUGCUGGCUUUAUCUCUUGUGGAGUUGAAGAUCAUAUAAGGUGUUUUUAUUGCGGUGGACGACUUGUUAACUUUGAACAUUUGGACAACCCCUGGACGCUCCAUGCCCGAUAUUAUCCACAGUGCAUCUACUUAAAUCUGAUGAAAGAUCGAGCUUUCAUUAAAAAUGCACUCCCUUUCUCACCUACUCGGCUGGCAAAACCUGUAGAUGAAACAUUGAUUAUCACUCUCCUGCAAGGACUUGGUUAUUUCAACGGACUUGCUAUUACGAUGAGAUUCCCAUACAAGACCCUGCGAGCCGCCCUAAUAGAAUACCUCAAGAUUACAAAGGAUAUAUUGCCACUCCUUGGUGAAGAGUGGCAAACUGUGAAGAGGUGCUGA